CCAAAGUGUGAAGUCCAAAGAGUUUAGUGGAACAGCGGAUGUGUGGCCAGUCAGACGGGCGCGCGCGUGAGACCUCAGCGGGGGAAACAGGAGGCAUGAUGUGGGCUCGGUUGCUGGUCGGCGUCGGGGGUUCGCGGCUCGGGCUGCGGGCUUCCAGGGACGGUUUGCUGCGGGCGGCUGCUGCUGGACAUGCGGGGAAGAGGCAAGCUUCCAGCGGAGACGCUGCCUUGAAGAAGACUCCGCUGUUUGACUUCCACAGGGAGCAGGGGGGGAAGAUGGUGGAGUUUGCAGGCUGGAGUAUGCCUGUCCAAUACAAAGACAGUCACAUCGCCUCACACAUGCACACCAGAGAGCACUGCUCCAUCUUUGAUGUCAGCCACAUGCUGCAGACCAAAGUCCACGGCAAAGACAGGGUGAAGUUCAUGGAGUCUCUCGUAGUUGCAGAUAUCGCAGAACUCAAGGACAACCAAGGUACGUUGUCCCUCUUCACCACUGAGAAAGGAGGGAUUAUUGACGACCUCAUUGUGACAAGGACGGACCGGGGCUACCUCUACGUCGUCUCCAACGCUGGCUGCUCCGACAAGGACUCGGCUCAUAUGAAGGCCAGACUGGCAGAGUUCAAAGCUGAAGGUUUAGAUGUGGAUCUGGAGUUCCUCGAUGAGGCGCUGAUUGCUCUGCAAGGUCCAUCCAUGGCUCAGGUGCUCCAGGAGGGGCUAAAGGAGGACCUCUCGAAGCUGACCUUCAUGAACUCCACCUUGGCCACUGUGUUUGGUAUUCCUGGCUGCAGGGUCACUCGCUGCGGAUAUACCGGAGAAGACGGGGUGGAGAUCUCCGUCCCUCAGUCCAGAGUGGUGGAGCUGACGGAGAAGCUGCUGGCUAACGGUGAGGUGAAGCUGUGUGGUUUGGGCGCCAGGGACAGUCUACGGCUGGAGGCGGGGCUUUGUCUCUAUGGGAAUGACAUAGAUGAGACCACCACACCUGUGGAGGGCAGCCUAGUGUGGACCAUAGGAAAGCGUCGGCGUCAGACCAAGGAUUUCCCCGGCGCUGACAUCAUUGUGCCCCAGAUCAAAGCCAAGACGGCCAGGAAGAGAGUCGGCCUGGUGUCCACCGGCCCCCCCGUCAGGCAACACACACCCAUACUCAGCCCUGAUGGAAAGGUCAUAGGUGAAGUGACCAGCGGCUGCCCGUCUCCCUGCCUAAAAAAGAACAUUGCCAUGGGUUACGUGGAUGCGGCAUUCGCUAAAAACGGAACAGCCAUCCAGGUCGAGGUCAGGAAAAAAGCAGUGCCCGCCUCCGUCAGCAAGAUGCCCUUCGUCCCCACCAACUACUAUUCUGGAUAGGAGGGACACACACACAGUACACACACAGUACACACACAGUAGACACACAUACACACACUGGACCAUUCCUGCACUCUGUCCAUAUGUACCAAUGUUGUCCCCUUCUGUUUACCUCCAGCACUGCAACACCAGUGUAAGACUGAACGUCUUCAUUGAUGAGUCCUCUGAGAGGAGAUAAUCCCAAAAAAUGCUAAACUAUUAUAUGAUACAGUAUGUGUGCUGCUCUGAUGUGAUCAGACACUUUCAUUGUGUGGCACAUUAAAUGCAUUAUAGUUUGUCUUUGAGACGCUAAAGCAGAGAUGCAAUGUUCAGCUCCACAGUGUAAACAUUUCAAACAGCAGGCUGUCACUCUACACACAGCUAGUAUGCUGCCUGCUCCUCUUUCUAAAAAGAAGAAAAAUACAUCAUCCGGUGACACGGUUUCACAUAUGGAUGCGUGCGCAUGAAAUCAAUUACAAACAGUAUUGUUGAGUCAGAGAAUGUAUGUAUGAUGUCAUGGGCUAAGAUGCUCUGUUAAUAUUAGUCGUAGACCAAUUUCUGUUUUUUCUUUUAAUGCUUUCUAAACGGACAGCAGGUUAAACUGAUUCAAGUAAGAACAGAACCAUUGAGACUGGAUCCAUUAAACACAAUGAUUUAAUUCACUUUUUUGUUGUAGUAUAUAGAUUUAGCUAAUGAAACAGGACAUCAUUUACUUUGUUUCCGCUGAACCAAACUAAGAGAUUCCAAAUGGUUCUUCUGAUAUUAAAUCACUGCAUGUCUGCAUUUUGUCAAGGCCUUCCGAAUCCCACAGAGUCAACUCUCUGUUCAUGUUUGUUGUUGGUCGUAAACAGCUUGAUCAACAGAGGUCAAACAGGGUCAGCUACAAAUCCUUCCAACACAAAACACCUUUCUGAAAUAUACCAAUUAACACAAACGUGUCAGUUCUAGUUUGUGAAAUUGGCAUUUUUGUUUAAAUCAGGAGAUUUUCUCACGGAGUUCUUGUUUGGAGGGAAAUUGAGGGAGUUGUAGUUUGCUUUGUUGAUUUGGUCAUAAACCUCCACAUCAAAUAAAACCUUUUUUAUUUUAUCAUAAUGUGAUGAACCUGACAGAGAAGUUUACGCUACAUGUGGCACAAUGACAACUUGAAAUAAUUGGAAAAUAUGUUAAUUGUGAUUAUGUGUGUUCUGUCUGGCACCUAAUGAAAUGUAAUUUCAUUGUCUUUGGACUUUCUGUUGAGCUCUGAAUGUAUUAUUUUGUGAAAAAUUAUAACAUACUUAAUAUAAAAAUAAUACUACUGAUUUAUACGUUUGUUUUUUGUCAUCUCUGUCUUUAAGACGCACCUUUUGUGUCACUUGAUUUGAAUUUUUAAUUGAAUUUUCAUGUAAACAUUUUGCAGAGCUGUUUAUUUGAAUUAAAACUAUCUUUUGUC